AUGGCUUCGUUAGGAUCUGAUGUUCAAGCGACGAGCAAUGAACUUGUGUCUGCCAUAGAGGAAUUGAAAGAAAGGCGAACUGAGAUAGAACGGAGUAUAAGGUGUGAUGAGGAGGAGCGAAAUCGAGUGCUCGCCGAACUGAAGGCAUUGAAUGCCCGUCUUACCACAAUCGAAGAGAGUCUAAAGCAGAAAAUAGGGGCGAAGUCUGUUCUCGACAAAGUCAUCCAUGAGACAUCAGAGGGUUUUCGGGGUAUUGUCGAGGCAUCAAGAAAGCUACUCAGCAAUGUCCGUGAGGAAUCAUCUGGUCUUCCAAGACACAACGGCCUGUAG